CUUGCCACACGUUGUUCAUCUUCCUUUCUUACACCCCUUACUUACACCCCUACACCGACUCCCCUUUCACAGGGGGGCGAAGGAGCCUGAACGUACGCGCUGCCCAGCGGUAUGUGACCCCGUCCGAUCGCGUGUAGCGGUGCUUUUUGAUUUGUUUUCCGUUCGAUCCCCGUCUCUUCCCUUCUGCUCCCGAUCUUUCUUUCUUGAGUGCACCAGAGACGGUGGGAUGCUCCGGACUGAAUGGUCAUGCCGGCAUGUGGUCUGUCGGUGGUCGAUCCUGCAGUGCAGCGUGCUCCAUGGGUUGGCAGGCAACUGACAGCAUGGGAUAGUACAGCGAGUUGUAGUGGGUGCAGCAAUUGUGCAGCAGUGGUGCGGCGUUCUUCGGCUCGUGUGUGCGCGGCCGUGCGCAGGGCAUACAGGCGGCCGGCCGGAAACAAAGCCUUCUAAAUGCGGCUGCCUUGGCGGAGGCUGGCUGUGCAAGCUCUGGCAAUCGCUCUUCUUCUGAACAUCGCAGACACCGUGGUUUCAGCCAAGGACAUCAAGAACUUCAAGUCGGGUGAGCUGGACGAAGACGAACGCGCCCGCAUCUGCUACAACUUCACGGUGGGCAAUCCCGAGAAACGUGAACUGUACUCGCCCCUGUACAACGGCACUGCCCACUACCCCAACAACACCGAGUGCAUCCGGGUCAUUGAGGCCCCAUACAACCACAUGGUUCGCCUGGACUUUAGGGAUAAAUUCCACCUGGAAGAGUCGCCUACAUGCGAGUUCGACUACCUAGAGAUCCACAACGGGGCCUAUGCUUACUCGCCGCUCGAGGCAAAGCUGUGCGGUGAUACCUUUCCCAAGACUAUUCACUCGGAAGGGCGGGAGUUGUGGCUAAAGUUCGUAUCGGACGCCAGCAUUGAAUACACGGGAUUCAAGGCGGUUUACUCCUUCUCACCCGCGCCAAAAACUCACGAGCCACCGCCAGAAGAAUGCCGCUUUGACGUGGGAGGCGUCAACGGUACGAUCGGUUCGAUGGACAUCAAGCCUUCCCACUACAACCACUCUACGCAACACCAGCUUCCUCUAGAGUGCACGUGGAAUAUCCGGGUGAAAAAGAACUGGCAGGUCUACAUGACCUUCAACAAGUACAAGCUUACAGACCCGCACAACUGCCGCACAAACUUCAUAGACAUCAUCGACGGGGAGCCGUUCCACGAGCAGCUGCAACACUUCUGUGGCACCAUGGCGGAGCCGACACGCUCCAAGACGAGCGACGUCAAGGUCCGUUACUUCGCUCAGUAUACUGCCCUCAAGGAGAGGGCCAACUUCUCCAUUCUCUACACUGCCUUCCGGGAGAUUUCAAGCGCCGAGAGUUGUGACCCAGACACGGAAUUCAGUUGCGAUGACGGCUGGUGCAUAGAUGCAUCACUCAAGUGCAACAAAGAGUAUAACUGCAAGUAUCGCUACGAUGAAGAAAGCAACCUCUGCAACCAAGGCUCCAACGUGGGCAUGGUGCUCUCUACGAAGCAUAUGAUCAUCAUCCUGGUGGUGUUCUCGGCACUGGUGGUGGGCAUGUGCGCCUCUAUCACAGUUACGUGUUACAAUAAGAUCCAGCAGCGUCGUCAGCGCGAACGGGAGUACAAGAUGCGUCGCUCGAAGGAAGCAUCCGUGGAAGGAGGGCUCGACCUCCGCACUCCGUCCACGGGAAACCUGGAGACUGCCUUAGCCAUCCAGGCCGCAGAGAUCGGUGCUCGACGCGCGGCAGCCGCUGCUUGCGCUACGCCCACUGCCACAAGAACCACAGCCGAAGACGACGACAACGGCUGCUACGUGCCCGAGGUGGACCUGAGCGUCUUUCGCAAGCACCCCAACGGGCGGCCGCUGUCGCCCGCCUCGGAGGCGUAGCGCUCCUGCCCGCAGCACGGAGAUCUGCACAGUCUCCGCAGCGAUAGCGUCACGCCUCCGAUCCCACCACCCCCUCCACCGCCUCUAUCCAGGCUGCACGACAAUCGGCCCAGCCCCUUGCCGCCGCCGCCGGCCAUAGAACUCAUGAGUGCACCGCCAAAGAACUACGAGGCACAACACCACCACCGCCCCGACGUGCUCGUCCACCGCUGAAGGAAGUCUCAACUACCUACCUAAGUAACCCCCACUGCCUUUGGAGGAAACCUGGUCUUUGUUCCGCUUUGAGAUGCUCGUUGCAGGCGUCUGUAAAUUAGGCGACGCCGUCAACGGAAGAGUGAUCGAUGCGACAUUAAGGUUACGCCUUCGAGGCCUUGUCUAUGAAGCACUAGGCAAAGUGAACGGUGAAGAAGGAUCAGUUGAUGGCAAUACGUAAAUGGUGGGGACAAACGUCAACACCACGAUACGCCAAAAAUGCCCAGCUAUCAUGUUACGUCUUCCGUCAGCCGGAGGUGGUAAACAUAUUUCAGCAUCUACAGGGCAUGAUUAGCCAUCUUUUGAGCGAACAUGCUGAGAAAACGACAGAAAAACAACUUAUAGCCAAUUCAGCUGGUCGGUUUCGUGCAGCGCAGUGUAGUGUGCCAUGCUGAGUUCAGCCUAGGAACGAACCAAGAGCGAACGGAAGGACCAAUUAAACGCGACGCACGUUGGAUUGAAGCGGUCGUGUGAUAUGCACACUCGAGCCUGUGCAAAUUUUUACAACGACGACCAGCUGAGUUCUCUAUAUGUUCUCGCACGUCACGCCCCAUGCGACGUCACGUUUUUUUUUUUUUUUUUUCAUGUUCUUCCUGCCCGUAGCAUUACCAACCCGCUUAGAUUAUACUCGGCGGAAAUUACAAAUCGGGGACAAAACUUCGCACGUCGCACUUUCAACCUCUCUUCACAGGUAAUGCAAUCAACAUGAAGAAACAACACAACGCAAACAGGGAAUAUUAUUAGGAGGGAAUCAAAAUUCACUUAGAAACUUAUUGAGAGCCCCAAGAUGUAGAGAAGCUGGCUGCACUGUUCAGACUGUUUACUUUCCGUUUCGUUGGCAUUUUUGCAUUGAAGAAGAAGAAAAAAAUGAAAAUGAUGCCGAAAAAUAUGCCGAGAAUGAUAAAAUAGAAUGGCAGUCGGCGGCGUUGUGUUUGCAACUAAUGAAUACAAAAAUCGCAGUAUCAAAGCUUCGUGCUCUGUACCUAAUUUCCAGCAAAGAAAUAGUCUGCGGUGUCAGAAGUUGCAAGCAGUAGCCGUAAUAUCACCGGGAGUGGUUAAGUGGAUUGGCAGUUACCGUGAUCAGAGAUAUUUUGCCAUGAGGACCAUUACGCAGGUAGCUUAGGGGAGUGAGUGGAGGUGGUGUGUCGAAAUAAUACAUCGCAAGCAGCACAACCUCUUGGCCCAUAUUGGUCCAUUGGCAAUAUUGGUCCAAUAUUGGGCUAAGAUGUUGUGCUGCUUGGGAUGUAGCUUUUCUUGUAAGGACAUGCACCUUAUAGCCAAGAACAGCGCCCGAGCGGACCCUUUGCAAUCUGAUCGUAGCUCGUGAUUUUUCUUUACUCGUGUGCAAUUAUAGUUGAGGAGUGCUUCCACACUAUGCGAACACCAAAUGAGUAAACACCGCGAUGUAUCGUUCAUGGCAGACAAUAGGGUAAUGCAUUGGUGAAAAAAAAAAGAAAAA